CAAUGAGGUUGACAGCGUUUGGGGGCGGCGGCGGCGGCGGCGGCAACAAACUUCACUUCUUUCAGUGUCUUCUUUUUUUUUGGAGGAGAUACGCACACGUGUAAGAGGGGGGAGCGCAACCGGCACCGGCCAGAAUUGCCAAGCCCAGCCUUUCUUUCCGUCGGCCUCUCAGGGGCUGCUGUCGUGCUUCCCACCCCAGACUCGGACUCGAUGGCGUGGCCAAUGGGGGCGCUUAGUCUCCCACGUGCUCUCUCAACCUCGACUCUCCACUGUCAUCUACACACUAAAAGUCGUCGCUCUCUGCUUCACCGAACCCCCGUUUCGGAAGACACACAGUCUCCAGACCUAAGCUUUGGCGAUCAAUGCAUUACAUGUUUAAAAAAUAAGGGGGCGGUUCUGUUGGUCACCUUUGCUCGACGCAAGACGCAGAGACUCCUGCAUUGGUCGAGAGCCAACAAGACUAACAACAGCCCACCUCAUAUAUGCAUGUACCGAGCAAAGAAUAGAGACUCCAUAUUGAUAGUUGAUUUUGAUCAGAAAGAGGAUUCACUUUGGUCCGUGCAAAUCCCCGGCUUCUUGUGGUGCCCCGGCACACGAAGAAGCGAGUAAGGGUGGCCUGCCGUACCACAGCACCCACCUUAGGCCUCAAUCCGCGCCAUCCGGCACAAACCUAACGUAGGUCGGUCCCUCUUGAACCCGGCAGCGGCAACACAUGCCUCACGGCGGCCCGCUAGCCCCCCACACCACAUCUCGCUUGCGGCGCCAUUGGCCAUGCCGGAUCUGUAUGGGAGCAUAUCAUCUGGGUAGCGGACGGACGCGAGGCUGAGAACAGUGAACAUCGUCAAUCACCGCGUCCUUCUCCCCACGUGCCGGGCAGACUGUCAACAUUGUCGUCAAAAAGCUUCGGUGAGAAGAAAGCAAAAAAAA